AUGGGAGUUAUGUGUUCAAAACCGGGUGGUGGUACAUCCCAGUAUAGGGAUGGUUUGCGUCGAUAUGAUUUGUGUGGUCGACGUUCUCGUGAACGAUCACGGGAACGGUCACGAUCGCGGGAUUUAAAAACAUGGGUUAAGUCGGUAUUCUCCCAAUUACCAACGGAAACGAAUAAUAACAAUAAUUCAGUAGCUAGUCCCGGAAUUGCAGAUAAACCCAAGGCAAAGAGAUCAUUACGGAGUAGAUCUACAAAUGAACGACCACAACAAGUAACCGCUGUCGUGAAUUUAGAUAGCGAUGAUGAAGAUGAUAAAUCGAAGCAAAAGAAAUCGACAGCUAUGCCAUCCAAUAUCUGUAUUACUACUGAAAAUUGGAUUGAUUUAUACGCUCCCAAGAAGACUGAAGAUUUGGCGGUACAUCCAAAAAAGAUACAAGAAUUCGAACAGUGGCUGAAACAUUGCGAAAUUAUGAAAAAGAAAAAACGACCAGCUCAAUUGUGUUUGUUGACCGGACCUUCGGGCUGUGGCAAAACAGCUGCUGUACAAGUUCUAGCCAAAGAUACGGGUUAUACCAUUCAGGAAUGGACCAAUCCCAUUGAUCAAGAAAUGAUUUAUAAUUUGGGUGAUCAAGUGUAUGGAGAAUCGAAUUUUACAAGUUCACAAGUUGAUACGUUUAAGGCUUUUCUUUUUAAAGCUUCACGCUAUAGAUCACUCUUGGAGAUGGCCGGUAACGAUAAGCGUUUAUUGCUUGUAGAAGAUUUUCCAAAUUUUCUGUUAAGGGAUCCCACAGCACUUGAAGCGAUACUUGAUGAUUAUGCCAUCUAUGGUAAAGCCCCUCUUGUAUUCAUUGUAACAGACACCAAAAGACGUGGUCUAAAUUUAAGCUACAACAUAUUCAAUGAUCAGCUGAAACAGAAAUUUCUCAUCAACCACAUCAGUCUGAAUCCAGUGGCCACAACAUUAAUGCAAACAGCCAUGAAACGUUUCUGUACGUUAAUGCGUCAACCACCAUACAAUGAUCUGUAUCGUCCACCCUCAACAGAAUUAAUGGAUUCAAUAAUACUAUCUGCCCAGGGUGACAUACGAAAUGCUCUGAUUAAUUUACAUUUUUCAUCGCUGAAAGGUGCACCACAAUUGUUGACCAAACCGGUGGAAUGCACACAAGAAUCCUCACAGGACAACAGUAAAAAGACAUCGAGAAAACGAAAACAUCAAUCCACACUAAAGUCAGUGGGUCGAGAUGAAUCUGUAACCAUGAUGCAUGCAUUGGGUAGGAUAUUUAAUCCGAAAUUUACCGAAUCCAAUGUUUUACUCCAUUCUCCUGCAGAUAUUGCACAGGCUUUUGUCACCGAACCCAAGAAAUUUGUCGAUUUUAUACACGCCAAUUAUUUGCCACAUUUCUCAGAUAUUGAACAUGUGGUCGAUGCUGUCAAUGGUCUUAGUUUAUGCGAUUUAAUUUUAAAUGAAUAUCGUGAAGAUGCCUUAGCUUUAAGUGGUCUCGAUUUGGCUGUACGUAAUGUAAUGCUAUCAAAUAAAAAUCCAGUAUCAGGAUGGAUGCCAGUUAAAGGUCCCAAGCGGCUAAACACAGAUAGUACCAUUCCAGCAAAAGAUAAUAAAUUUUUGCCAGCACAUCAUAAUAUAUCGAAGAGUCAAUAUGCUAUGGAAUAUAAAACAUUUGUAAAUAUAGCAUCGGCUGGAAAAUAA